CUGCUGAGCCCGCCCCGCCCCGGCUGGUGCUGGGAGGGGCUCCGGGGUUGGGGACCGGCGCCGGCGCGGCGUGAGGGGCUCUACGCGGUAGCGCGAAUCUGCCCCGCAGCUCGGGCUGCGUGCGGUGCGGCUCCCGGAAUCCGGCGGGCACCACGCGAGCCCCGCUCCUCGUGACCGCCCCGCGCCUCCCGGCGUGCUCUGUGCCGCGCCGAGAUCCGGCCCCGCGCCUACGGGUGCGGUUUGUGUGACUGCCGGCGGUACGCAGCGCCAGAGCGCCCUGCCCCGCGCCCUGCCCGCGUCGUUCGUUGCCGCCCCGUGCCUGGCACCGGGAGGCGCACACGCGAGACGCCGCUGUGCCGUGCCCGCCGCCCUGGGACGCCGCGGGAAGCUCCGGACGCGUCUGCGGCGGCCGCUGGAACCGGGCAGCGUACAGGAGACAGCGCGGCUCCGGGAUGUCCCAACUGCCUGCCUUCACUCUCCGAGUCCCUGAGAACACUGAGAGCGAUGGCCAGGAGCCGAGCCCGGACAAUGAGGGAGCCCUGCACAGCUCCUUCUGUCAGCUCAUUGAGGAGCAGAGCAGCCUGGUGGCAGGAGCAAUAGAAAUGGAGCUGCAGGAGAGGAGCAGAGAGCCCUCGGCUCUCCUGUUCCCCCUGGACCCCAUGGCCACUACUGGACUGGAGCCCGAGCAGGGUGAGCAGCACCCCGGCUACGCCACCACCCUGCGGAUCCUGGCCAACAUGCCCAGCCGCACCAUCGGGCGCAGCCGUGGGGCCAUUAUCUCUCAAUACUACAACCGCACGGCGCGGCUGCGGCGUCGGAGCGGUCGUCCAUCCCUGCAGCAGCUCAGCCGCACAGCACGGCCCAGCCUGCGGCAGUAUGAUCUGGAGACCGACCCGGCCCACGCCACGCUGGCAGACAAGCAGAGCCUGCUGGCAAAGGAGCUGUCGAGCCUCCCACCUGCACAGCGUAGCCAAGUGCUGCUGGAACUGCCUCUCAGCCUGGAGGAGAAACGCAGCCUCCGGAGGCAGCUGAGCCAGAAGAGGAGCACCCUGGGGCUACGCACCCACUCUGCAGAACCCACCUCUCCAUGUGCGUGGUGCCAGGACUGCAUCGUGCUUGGCUGCCGGACCCUCUGGUACAGGUUCCUGGCACUGGUCCAUGCCGCACAGCCUUGGCACUACGCUUUGAAGCAGAUCAGUGGCCGCUUUGGUUCCAGCGUGCUCUCCUAUUUCCUCUUCCUCAAGACGCUUCUGCUGUUCAACAUCAUCUCCCUCCUCCUCCUUUUGGUUUUUGUGGUGGCCCUGCAGGCUGCCUAUCCCCCUGCUGUGGCCAGCCCCCAUCCCUUCACUGGCCUCGAGCUCUUCACCGGAGCGGGCUCCUUCACUCACUCACUGCUGUACUACGGCUACUACAGCAACACCACCCUGAACGCCCUCUCGGCCUCCAGCCCCAGUGGCAGCACGAGCCCCUCCAGAGCCACCCAGCUCCCAUACAACAUGCCACUGGCCUACAUGUUCACCAUUGGAGCCUCCUUCUUUGCCACCUGCAUCCUGCUGGUGUACAGCAUGUACCACUCCUUUCUGAAGAGCUACCGCGUGGGCAGCUCCACAGGGGUCCUGGCCAUCAAAAUCUUCUCUGCGUGGGACUUCAAGGUGGUGCAGAGGCACUCGGUGAAGCUACAGAGUGAGAACAUCUGCACUCAGCUGAAGGAGCUGCUGGCAGAGCAGCGAUUGCGCUCCUGCCCCCUGAGCCUCCCCCAACGGCUGCGACACAUCGCUGUGCUCCUGCUUGCCUGGCUCCUAGCACUGGGCACGGUGCUGGGCUGCGUGGUGGCCGUGUACUACUUCUCAGAGCACAUGCACAUGGAACCAUGCAGCCGUGCUGAGCCAGGCACCACUCACCAGGUGCAGCAGGAACAGGGAGCUGCAGCAGGCAGUGCGUGGCAGCAGGAAGGAGUCCUGCUGGCCUUGCCACUCGUCGUGUCGCUCCUCAACACGCUGAUGCCCCGCUUCUACAACCUGCUGGCAGCGUGGGAGAAGCAGGAUUCCCCAGAGGCAGAGGUCUACGUGGCCAUCUGCAGGAACCUCCUGCUGAAGAUUGUGGUCCUCGGCCUGCUCUGCUACCAGUGGCUAAGCCACAGACUGGUCUGCUCUGCCAAGGAGUGCUGGGAGACGUGUGUGGGGCAGGACCUGUAUCGCUUUGUGGUGAUGGACUUCGUAUUCACUCUGCUGGAUACCGGCUUUGGGGAGCUGCUCUGGAGGCUGAUUCUGGAGAAGAAGCUGAAGAGUAAGCGGAGGCCUGAGUUUGACAUUGCCCAAAAUGUGCUGGAGCUCAUGUAUGGGCAGACCCUGACCUGGCUGGGCGUUCUCUUCGCACCACUCCUGCCAGCAGUACAAGUAGUGAAGCUGCUGCUGCUCUUCUACAUCAAAAAGACCAGUCUGAUGCAGAACUGCCAGUCUCCCAGCAAGCCCUGGCAAGCAUCUCAUAUGAGUACUGUCUUCAUCACACUCCUCUUCUUCCCGUCCUUCUUGGGUGCAGCCAUCUUUGUCUCUUACACAAUCUGGUGGGAGAAGCCAUCAGAAACCUGUGGCCCCUUCCGGGGUCUUCAAACCAUCUACCAAACACCGAAGGUCUGGGCGGAGCUGCUGGAGGAGUCCAACCCCAACAUCGCCUUGUUUGGCUGGAUCCCCCAGUACCUGCUGGAGAACACUGUCUUCCUCUUCUUUCUCACUGGGAUGGUGCUAGCCGUCAUCUAUUUCAACAUCCAGGUGUUGAGAGGGCAGCGCCAGAUCAUCUGCCUGCUGGAGGAGCAGAUUGCCAACGAGGGGGAGGAUAAAAAAUUCCUCAUUCAGAGGAUUCACUCCAUUUAUGACCAUAAAGUGCGCUGUGCUUGAUGCCAGGGACCUUCUCCUUUCAGUGUCACAGACCCAAGAAGGAGCAAGGCAGAACAGGACAGCUCACCAGCAGGAACUGGAGCCAGCAGCAGUGUGGCAAUGCCCUGGGAGCAGAGAACUACUGCACUCUUGAACUGUCGCUCUCUUGAAGCAUCCCAGGUUUCCUGGGCAGUGCUGCAGCACAGAGAUAAGGGUGCUCCUUCCGGAGCCAAGAGCACAGCCCCACUGCUGUGUCCCAGCACAGCUCCACGGGACCGGCUUGCGCACACAGCUGUGCUUACAAACAACUCUCCAACAUGCAAACUGCCCAGCACCUUGGAUCCCGUUGGAAUGGAGGUGGUGAAGUUUUUUGCCUCGGGAAAGAAACCACCAUGGUGUGUGCAGUGAGCAGGGCCGGGCAGCAGGACCAUUAUUCCCCAGUGCUGCAUGGGCAGAGAACAAAAAGGCUCUGUUCGGGGCUGUCACCUCUCUGAAAUAACCAUUAAAUGUCCCCAUGUGGAGCCUCAGCAGGACGCUGUGUUGCAGUACUGUAUGGCAACUGCUGAGUCACGGCCUGAACCUCUGAUUGAUCACCUGAGGUGAGCCAUGAGUCAGCCAGGGGAGCACAGGUGAAGGCAAUUCACCUGUGCUACCGGAAGGGGUGGAGCCAGGCUCCACCCCUCCUGGACCUAUUUAAGAGCUGGCUACCAGAAGGGAAGGAUCUCUUCUGGAGAUCCUCCUCUUUGAUAUCUUCUAGUGAGCUCAACCCAAGGCACGGGGAUUUCCUACAGCACCACGAAGGCUGAUUUUCAGUUUGGGCUCCUGCGGUCCGCUCCUGGCACCAGACUCCCGGCUCGUGGGGCUCCGAGCCAGGCAGCAACACAGC